AUGGGCUCUAUCGAACCACCCAAGAAGCGCAUCUACCUCAACUUCUUCGACUAUGCCUGCACCGGAAGCCACAUGUCGCCUGGCCAGUGGAAAGACCCGAGCGACAAAGGCCACACCAAGGAUCGAUUGGAAUAUUGGAUCAAUCUGGCGAAGCUUGCUGAACGCGGGAAGAUCAGCUUCAUCUUCUGGGCGGACAGCUAUGGAGGCCAGGAAGUCUAUGCGGGAAACAGUGAUGCCCAGCUUCGAGCUGGCAACCAAACUGCCAGUAUGGACCCCAUGGUGCUUGUCUCCGCGAUGGCAGCAGUAACGAAGUCCGUUGGCUUUGGGAUCAGCGGUUCGACCAGCUACCUCAAUCCAUACAUUCUGGCUCGGACGUUGAGUAGUCUAGACCAUCUGACUGAAGGUCGGGUCGCCUGGAACAUCGUCACGAGCUGGGCCAAGAGCGCGGCUCAGAGCCUGGGCUACGAUGAUGUUAUACCUCACGAUGAGCGAUAG